CCAGCCUUUGUCUCCCAGGUAAGUCAGAAGGUGGCCAGGUUACUGGGGAUAAAUUGGAAGUUACAUUGUGCUUACCGGCCCCAGAGUUCAGGUCAGGUAGAGCGAAUGAAUAGAACCAUUAAGGAGGCUCUAACUAAAUUCUCGCUAGCAACUGGCACUAAAGACUGGGUUACUCUGCUGCCUUUGGCAUUAUACCGGGCCAGGAACACUCCUGGGCCCAGUGGGUUGACUCCAUUUGAAAUCCUUUAUGGGACCCCUCCCCCUGCAAUCUCCUUCUUAGACCCCGACAUUUCUAACUUUGCUGAUUCUCCUUCCCUAUUUGCUCACCUGAAGGCACUGCAGCUGGCUCACCAGGAAAUCUGGAAGCCCUUAGCUACGGCCUAUCAGGAUACUAUUGACACUCCUAUUGCACCCCACCCCUUCCAGCCCGGGGACGCUGUCUGGGUCCGGAGGCAUCAGACUCGGAGCCUAGAACCACGCUGGAAGGGACCAUACACCGUCCUUCUCACCACACCAACCGCUCUUAAGGUCGACGGGAUUGCGACUUGGAUCCACGCCUCCCACGUCAAGGCAGCGAACCCUGAACACCAAGAACAGCCCCCUGACGAAAGGAAAUGGCGGCUAGUCCGGACAGAAAACCCCUUAAAGCUAAGACUCACUACAAUUUAAUGAUCCUAAUUCUGUUUUCCCUUAUUCCCGCUAUUCAAUGUCCCAACCCCCAUGCUGUGUACAACAUAACCUGGACUUUGAUUGGUCUCCGAGACAACCAGCCCCUUAAUCAGACCUCUAAGGUGGGGACUUUAGGCGCCACCUUUCCGAGCUUAAGCUUUGACCUCUGCAAAUUAAUCCCUGGAGCUUGCUGUGGGACAGGUGGCCGUUUCCAUGGGGUGUAUGCAUGCCCAGGGAAUGGGAGAGAACCAGAUCUCAUAACUUCGUGCAAGGGACCGGAAGUAGGUUAUUGUGCUGUAUGGGGCUGUGAGACCGCUGGGACCACUUACUGGAAACCCAGCUCUAGUUGGGAUUUGAUUAAGCUGUCAGAGACAGGGUCUAGAAUAUGCACAGGUACCAACCGGCUAACUUUAGAACUCACAGAGAACGGGAAAAAGGCCGACUGGAGCCUCCAGAAGACAUGGGGCAUUUAUGUUUAUCUCCCUGAUUGGGGAUGGAAAGAUCCCUUCGGCCUCAUUACAAUAAGGAGAGAAUACUCAGUCCUUGCCCCACCUCAGUCAGUCGGACCUAACCCCGUUCUUCCAGACCAACGCCCGGCCUCGGUACCUAGAGCUCCCUCACUGGAUAGUCGGAAUCAAACCCAUAGCAGACCCCAGACACCCCUAAGUCCUACCCCAACCACACCAGGUACCGGGGAUAGGCUCCUAAAUCUAAUCAAGGGGGCAUUCCAGGCACUUAAUCAAUCUGAUCCUGGAAAAACUAAGAGCUGCUGGCUGUGCCUUAAUCCACAGCCCCCCUACUAUGAGGGCAUUGCCAUUCAGGGAAAUUACUCUAACCAUACAGAAGCCCCCCCCGCAUGUCUAACCGGGGAACAUCAGUUAACCCUGACUCAGGUGACCUCUAGUGGCACCUGUAUCGGAAACCCCCCUACUACCUCCAAGUUCUGCAAUGAAACUGCAAUAAUCUAUCCUGGUAAUUAUUAUCUAGUACCUCCUAGUGGUACCUAUUGGGCAUGCAGUACGGGGCUCACCCCAUGUGUGUCAGCAACAAUGUUAAACUCUACCCGGGAUUUCUGUGUCCUAAUUCAGCUGUGGCCUCGGAUUUACUGGCACGAGGAUGACUAUGUACUGAAUUUUUAUGAGAAUUCCCCCACCAGGUUUAAGAGAGAGCCUAUCUCCCUCACCUUGGCCGUUCUGCUAGGAGUAGGAGGUAUCACUGCAGGAAUAGGUACGGGGGCCACCGCGCUUGUCCGUACAGACCAAUACAUGCUUUUACACCAGGCGAUGAACCAAGAUCUGCUCGCCUUGGAAAAAUCCGUCCGGGCUCUUAAGGACUCCCUUACCUCUCUAUCCGAAGUAGUAUUACAAAAUAGACGGGGUUUAGAUUUGUUAUUCCUAAAACAGGGAGGCUUGUGUGCUGCCUUAAAAGAACAAUGUUGCUUCUAUGCUGAUCAGACUGGGAUAGUCACUGAGACUCUAGACAGGCUCAAACAUAGAUUAGAAGAAAGGAAACGACACCUUGAGUCUCAACAAGGAUGGUUUGAAAACCUUUAUAAUAGAUCACCCUGGUUCACCACAUUGGUAUCCACCCUAGCUGGACCCUUAGUCCUACUCCUUCUUAUUUUAACCCUGGGACCUUGUAUACUUAAUCGACUGGUCCAAUUUGUGAAGGAACGGCUGUCUGUAGUGCAGGCGUUAGUCCUCACAAGCCAGUACCAGGCAUUGAGGACCGAAGAUCCAGACAUGUUAUGAUGAGUGAAAGAUUCCACUCAUAUGCCCAUAGAAAAAGAGGGGAAUGAAAAA